CUCUGCCUUAAGCUUCACCUUCAGCUUCUCUUUUUGUCUGUGUGUUGGCAGACUUGGCAAUAUAUCGAACAAAUAAUGACUGACAUUGACGACGUCUAUCACUUGUUGGGCUUUGGUCGGAUGCAGCGGACCAUCUUUGUGUGCUGCAUGCUGAUUCAGAUCUACAUAAGCAACGAACAGUUGGGCUUGUCUUUGAUCGUGGCUUCGAACUCCUGCGAUCUGCACAUUGAUGAUCACCGCAUGUCCUGGCUGAUGAGCGCCGUCUUUGCCGCUCAGAUCCUGGCCAGCCAUUACGUGGGCGACAAGUCUGAUGAGAUUGGGCGACGAAAACUGAUGCUAAUAUCGGGCUCCCUGAUGCUUCUCUCGUCUCUCCUCUCGGCCUUCAUGCCCGAGUUUUGGUCCUUUCUGGUGUUGCGCUUCCUAGUAGGUGUCUUUGUGACUGGACCGACAGUGUCUAUGCAGACGUACUUGAGCGAGUUCACGAAGUUCUCCCUGCGACCCAAAGUGCUCAACUACGUCAGCUAUGCCAUAGGUCUGAGCAUGAUCUAUGUGCCAUGUAUUGCUGCCGUGAUCAAGGUAAACGUGCACAUCUACAACGAUUACGUCUUCUCUAGCUGGCGACUGCUGAUCCUGCUCAACCUGCUGCCUGGCAUUGGUGCAUUCAUCAUGCUCUAUCGACUGCCCGAGAGUCCCAAGUAUUACCUGUCGGUCAACGAGGAUGACAAGGCCAUGGCCGUGCUGGAGAAGUGCUGCCGUCUGAACAAGGGCAAGGAUGUCACCUUGGCCAGCCUGGGCGUGAGCUCUGUCACGCAGCCACGUUUGCGUGGUGCUCCCAUCAAACGGAACUGCGUGGCUCGCCUGUGGUACGAGUCACUGCCGCUCCUGCAAAAACCCUACGUUCGUAACUUUUUCCUCACGUCCAUAGCUGUGUUCGUUCAAUUUGGCGCGAGUUUCGGACUGGGCGUGUGGAUGCUGCGCGUGCGGCAUCUCAUUCUGCAAAUAGAGGAAACCGAGCCGAUCUGUGAGCUGAUGAAGGAGCACGGACACCAGAAUUUGAAGCUUCCGACGUGUUCUUUGAACUUUCACAACGUGCAGGACUCCAUUUACCACGGCGUCUUUGUCCUUUUCGCAUUCGUUUUGACGAGCUUUCUGCUGAUGUGCAUCAGGCGCCGAACCAUUAUAUCGAUAUACCUGCUCACGGCUGGCCUUGCGGGCUUAAUGCUGAACUUUGCAAAGGACGACACACUGAUAUUGAUCGUGUUCCUCACUCUCAUUGUGCCGCCGAUAUGCAGCCUGCGACUGACAGUAUCGCUGCUCAUUGAUCUGAUUCCCACCCAUCUGAGGGGCAAGGCAGUUGCUCUUUGCUUGAUCUUUGGACGCGCAGGUGUGCUGACUUCCAGCAUGUUUAUUGGCUACACUCUGAGGCAGCACUGCUAUGUGACCUUCAAUGGCUUUGUGCUGGCCAUGAUUGCUGCCAUGAUCCUCAUUCUGCUGCUGCCCUCUGAGAGUAAAAUGAUGGACAACCUGUCGAAGUAGAGGGCCUAGCUGUCUCCUGCCAGCCCCAACAUUAAUUUCUACCCUACCCGAAACAGGUAAAAAACAGCUUCAUAAACAGAAUAUACAGCAUGGCAGCGUGGCGUAUACGUGAUAUGCGUAAUUAUUUGACAGGCUGGCAGGCAGGCUUCAUUAAAACUUUUAGGGAG